UCCACAACCAGAAGAAACUUCUGAUCUUCCUGGAAGAACAAGAGAUGCUUCUACCAGUGGUGUUCCUGUGUUUCACAGCUCUGCUGUCUCCAUUCCCUGGACAGGGAACUGAUACUCUCAGUGCUCUGUCAAGCAGCAGAGCAGAGCAGCAAAAGCUGAUUGUUGACAGACAUAAUGCCCUCAGGAGAGGAGUAAAACCAACUGCCAGCAACAUGAUGAAGAUGGAAUGGAGUCCUGCAGCUGCAAAGAAUGCCCAAAACUGGGCCAAUCACUGUUUUUUAAGGCACAGUCCUCCUCAUCUGAGGAGAACCAAUGUGCCAUGUGGUGAGAAUCUCUUCAUGUCCUCUACCCCCCUCUCAUGGCCAGGUGUUCUUCAGGCCUGGUACAAUGAGGAGAAAAAUUUUGAAUAUGGAACUGGGGCAAAAACAGAAGGUGCUAUGUUUGGCCAUUACACUCAGAUGGUUUGGCACAAUUCUUAUAAAGUUGGAUGUGGUUUGGCUUUCUGCAACAACACUAGGUACAGCUACUUCUACGUCUGCCACUACUGCCCUGCGGGAAACCUAAUAAGUUCAAUGAAAACACCCUACAAGGAAGGAGAGCCCUGUGGGGAUUGCCCCAAUGCUUGUGAGGAUGGAUUAUGCAAUGGAUUUCUUGGCUUUAUGUCACUGUCCUUCUGUUCUGCUAUAUCAGUCUGCUGAACAGCUGGAAAAGAAAACGUCAGGUCUAUACCCAGGAGAUGCAUGUUGAGAUCACAGAGAUGCCUGAGAACAUCUGAUACAAGAAAUGCUCCAGAACCUGAUCUUUUGCACCGUGAAAUCCAGCUGUGUCACCCAAAAUCCUCUGUUUGGCACCCAGGCUGCCCACAAAAGAGAGAGAAGUGUCUCCAAAUUAGAUGCUAAUUGCAACAAAUGACUGAGCAAGAAGUGACCUAUUUCAAUUUAAUAAGAAUCAAAGUUUUAAUCCUCCCCCUCUCUCCAUGCUGGGGUAUACACAAGGGUUAAAGAUUUCCCUGGGCAUGGCAGAGUGCUAUCAGAGGCAGUUAGGACCACACAUUUGGAUUUAAGCAGCUGUAUUUCUCCCUGAGCUGUCUGUAGGGAUCCUUUAAUCUCAGUCUCAGCCUGUCCACAAACCAGCCCUUGCUGUAAUAUGUUAAAAACCCUCUUACUUUCUCAGAUUAAAGUGUCAGGCACUGAGACAGCCACCCACAGAAAGAAAAAUAAUUCAGAAUAAUUCAUGACAAGAGGAAAUGUUGUCACUUUGUGCCAGGGUAGGUUUAGAUUAGAUGUUGGGAAAAACUUCUUGACUGCAAGAGUGGUCAGGCAUUGGAACAGAUUGUCCAGGGAAAAGAUGGAAUCUCAAAAAAUGUGAAGAUGUGGUGCUUAGGGCCAUGAUGGUGAACACAGAGCUCCCAGGAUCAGGUGCAGCCUCAGAUGAGGGACAGAUGGUGAGUCUUUGGGCACACAAGGCUCACACCAUUACCACCAGUACUAAGAUGCUCCCUUUCCCUAAUCCACUCUUCUCCCUUCUUCCUCCUCAUCAAAUCCACCUCUGGUUGUGAUGAGAAGUAACCAAAGCAGUUUUAGCCAUCUUCAAGAAAAGUGUACUUGUGCCUGAUGAACCCUUGCUGACAUAAACCAGGACACAAACUCAGCAGAAAAAUGUUCCCCUGGUUAGUUUUCUCUUAGAGAGGGUAACUGCUCUCCUCCAAUCACAGUGCCAAAGCUAAAAGCAGGACCUAAAGCAGCUGAAUGUGCUUGACUUUCCUGUACUGUGUGCUGCUGGAAUUAAACACCCACUUUAGCACAAAGACACAACACUUGCUGAGGUAUGGGGAGCAGCUAAACAAGAUUGUUUCUGGUUUAAACAUGCCUUAAACAGGUCAAAGAAGCACUCAUUAGAUGAAACCCCUCUGCAGAGCCACUGCUAGGAUUUUAGUGCUGGGGGAAUACUUUGCAGGGUCUGCCAUGUGUUUAUCUCCCAGCUUAUCAGAGGAGGGUGUCAAAGGAAGCAAUAAGGAAAAGAUAAGUUAGUCUGAGACUGACAAGAACGUGUUGUCUGGGCUGCCUGAACAGAGACACAGCAGCGUGUUAACCAGCAUGGUUAGCAAAACCAGGGACAGGAACUGCACAUCUGAUGGCACUUGUGAGGAGCAGCCACCAUCCAAUGAGUGCCACGGGUCUGUGGUUAGUGCUGUGUACAUCUGUGAAACGAGGUGGGGAUAAAAGGAGAGGAAUCAUAAAGUGGGGUGUCAUUAAUCUGCUUCUACAGAAGGAGUGUAUCAGGGAUAGCAUUUAAUAAUGCAUUGCCCCAAGCAGCUCAGGGUCUGAGCCUGAUCUCAUCCUCUGCACAAAGCAUCUCCCCUGAGCCCCUGCUGCCUUUGCUCACUUCAGCAGCUGCAGCAUCAGUCCUGCUUUGCCAGCAGUGGGUGGGAGCAAGAGGCUCAUGCUGCCAGGAGGUGAUGCACAAUGCACAGGGUGCCCUUCUGCUCAAUUUAAGGAAAUAACAGCAAAUAGCAAUGCCAUCAGGCUAAACCAUAAUUGCCAGUGGCCCACCCAUUACCAGUUAACAUGAAACAAGAUUGUACAGGUUGAGCAGUGAAAGCUCUGCUUAGCCAAGAUGGAUCACACAGCUGCUGGGUUCAACCAAAGCAAAUGGGUUUGCCCAUGAAAACCUCAGGAAUAUCAAUAUGAGUGAGUCUAUCAGCUCAGUUCUGGGGAAACAGCAGGCAUGUUUCAAAGACAAAAUUGCAGUUCUGCAGCAUGCCUGAAUAUUCCACCCACAUGGUGAUUUACCAAAAUAAGAGUAUUGGUCUAAUACCUAUACUCAACUCUGACAGACAAAAGACUCUAACAAUUUAAAGUUAGAAAGUGAAUGUUUAUUCAGUGCUGGGCAGCAGCCUGAGGUAAUCCUCUAAUACAUACUGCAAUAUCACAGGUGAUCACAAAAUCUAUUUAUUGACAAAGGAUUCAAAUAAAUACAUAUUCAUAAAAACAGCCCCUCCCAUCCCCCUCUUCCUAUGGUAAUUAGCUUGAAUUAAGCAUGUGUAAUUGACUUCUUAAAUUAAGUCUGGGGUAGUUUUCAUGGGGAGGGGUCUUAAAAGGAGGAAGUAAGGCAAGCCUUCCUCACUCUAAACUCUCAACCUUUUCUAUCACUGACAAUACAAAUGAUUUCUGGGGAUAGUCCAGUUUUCCAAAGAAUGGGUUUCUGGUUGCAUUGUCCAUGUUCCUUUGGAUCUGCUCACUGGUUUCGUCUUUUCCCAUUGUAAGCCCAGCUGAGCAAACAUGAAAUGACAGACAAUCAAUUAUUAAAGUUUCAGAUAACUACCUCCUUCUAACUGCUAAGUUUUAAUUAUUUUCAGCAAGGUAACUAAAAUGCUAAUUCUCUAAGAUUAGGUUUCAAUGGAAUACAUAUGGUGUGUGCAGUGUUGCCCCUCCUCAUGACCAGAAAACACAUCAACAACUGCAGUGCACACUCAGGAGAGCCCCAAGAUCAGG